AUGGCCACGCCUUCCCGAAGCCAUUCAUCUGACAGAGGAGAGGAAGAUAAUUCCGAAUGGCGCCGCGCCAUCGAAAGAAGGCAGUUAGCAAGCGAGCGACAACUACAAACUCUCCUCCAGGAGACGACAAGGUUAAGAGAAGAAAAUGCGAUAUUACGUAUCCAGGCAUCGUCGACAGGAAUUCCCCGUCCCUGCCACCAUCCAGUUGUCACUUCUGGGUUCCUCGUACCAAAGUUCUCCACAUACGAUGGGUGCAGUGACCCCUUCGACCAUAUCAUGCACUAUCGACAGCUCAUGACCCUUGAUAUAGGCAACGACCCGCUGCUGUGCAAAGUAUUCCCUGCCAGUCUGCAAGGACAGGCUCUCUCAUGGUUCCAUCGCCUGCCUCCUAACUCGGUAGAUACCUUCAGAGACCUUUCAGAAGCUUUCGUGGGACAAUACCUGUGCUCCGCCAGACAUAAGCAAAACAUCAGCACCUUGCAAAAUAUAAAAAUGAAGGACAAUGAAUCCUUGAGGGAGUUCGUGAAACGAUUUGGCCAGGCUGUCCUGCAAGUAGAAGCUUGCAGCAUGGACGCUGUCCUACAAAUCUUCAAGCGAUGUAUUUGCCCAAGCACUCCAUUUUUUGAGUCACUGGCUAAAAAGCCUCCCAUGACGAUGGACGACUUGUUUCGACGUGCAAACAAAUACUCAAUGCUCGAAGAUGACGUACGGGCAGCUACCCAGCAAGUAUUGGUUGCCGGACAAUCGUCCAAGGGUAGCACAGAGGGAAGCACUAAACCUCCGGACAGGCCAAGACCAUCCGAUCGAAGGCAAGAGGGGCCAAGCCGCCCGGAGGUGCCACCUCUCACACCACUCUCUAUAACUUAUGAGAAGCUUCUCCCUAUGAUCCAGAACUUGUCCGAUUUCAGGUGGCCCAGACCCCUCGGAUCGGAUCCAUCCAGGAGAGAUCAUAGCAAAAAAUGUGCUUACCAUAAGGAGCAUGGCCAUACAACGGAGACGUGCAGAAGCCUCCAAUAUUUGGUGGAAAGACUUAUAAAGGCGGGUCAUUUAAGGCAAUACCUCCGUUCAGAUGCUAGAGAUGGGGAUGCCUCCCGGGGUCGCGACUCUGGGCCCCACGGCUCCAGCCGCCCCCAAAGCCGUCAUAAACUACAUUAA